AGUCGACUGCUUCAGUAAAAACAGCAGCAGAACUCUUUAGUGUCGAAGUUAGUGUUGUUCGCCUGGCAACAUGGCUGCGUCUAAGUUGACGUGGAGCUACCUCCCGCAAACAUUACUAUGUUUUGCUGUAUUUAUUUCGAAUUUUCUAGUUGUAUAUAGUGAUAAUAUAUUGAACAAUAAUUCUACGAACAAUGCGGAGUCGAAGCUCCCUCCGACAGUUUUGAUAGCGUUAGCUGUGCGCAACGAAGGACACGCCUUACCUUGGGUUCUCGGUCAGUUGGAAAUCCUCAACUACCCCAAAGACCGCAUUUCUUUUUGGAUACGCAGUGAUCACAACGUUGACAACACAUCAGCUAUAUUGAAAGAAUGGGCAAGCUAUGCCAAAAAGCUUUAUCAUUCCAUAGACUUAAAGAUUGAUGAAAAAUCAUUUGGCUAUGCAGAUGAAGAAUCUCCCUGUCACUGGGUACGAGAGCGGUUUAUUCAUGUGAUGAAUCUACGACAGAAAGCCUUGGAGAAAGCCAAACGAGUGUGGGCCGAUUACCUCUUUUUGAUGGAUGCUGAUAUUGUCAUUGAAAACCAAGACUUGUUUUCCAUUCUCAUCCAACAGAACAAACCCAUUAUUUCACCUCAGCUUAAUGUAUCAACCGACAGCCUCUACUCCAACUUCUGGUGUGGGAUUAAUGAACAUGGAUAUUAUCAAAGAACACCAGAUUAUGAACCAAUCGUCCGGUGGCACAAACAGGGUUGCUUUGAAGUACCAAUGGUUCAUUCUGUCUACUUCAUUGAUAUGAACCAUGUUGGGGUGAAGAAACUGUCAUUCAAUAAAGCCCCACCUGAAUAUAAAGGGCCGUUUGAUGAUAUCAUACAGUUUGCUUUUUCUGCAAAAUAUGCCGGAAUGUCGAUGCAUAUCAUCAACACAGAAUUUUUUGGACAUCUUAUGGUUCCUUUAGAGUCAAAAGAUACUUUAGAAGAUGAAAUUGAACAGUUUCUGCACAUUAAACUGGAAAUGAUUGUUAUCGAGCCCCGACUCCGUCCCUCUCGUUUCAUUUCUUUCCAACCAGUUAAAAGUAGCAAACUUGGCUUUGAUCAGAUAUAUCUCAUUAAUUUGAUCCGACGUCCACAAAGAAGACGGAAAAUGCUUAUGUCUCUGAGAGAACUUGGCAUUGAAAUCUUUAUUUUGAAUGCUGUUGAUGGAAAAACUUUGAAUGACACAUAUCUGAAGCAGUUAGGUGUGAAGCAGCUACCUGGGUAUGCAGAUCCUUAUCACGGAAGGCAGAUGACAAUGGGAGAAAUCGGCUGCUUUUUAAGUCAUUUUGUCAUAUGGAAAGAUGUUGUCGACAAUAAUUACAGGAAAGCCCUUGUAUUUGAAGAUGACGUACGGUUUGAAAUAUUCUUCCGACAGAAACUUGAAAAACUACUUUAUGAAUGUGAAUAUAUUGUCAGAAACUGGGAUCUCGUAUAUCUUGGCAGAAAAAGAUUAUUUCGAAAACCAGAACCUGAUGUACCUGGCACAACAAUGUUGGUUUGGCCCAACUAUUCCUACUGGACGUUAAGUUACAUCUUGACCCUUGAAGGGGCUCAAAAGCUGCUGGAUGCUGACCCCUUGUCCAAAAUGAUACCUGUUGAUGAGUAUAUUCCUGUCAUGUUCGACCGACAUCCAGAAGAUGAAUGGAAAUCCUUUUUCUUCCCCCGCAAUUUGGUCGGACUAUCGGCAGAACCAUUGCUUGUGUAUCCAACACACUACACUGGAGAAGCAGAGUAUUUGUCUGAUACCGAAGACUCGGAUCUGAUUGAAGGUGAAGAGGAAGAGGAAGAUGAAAACGAAAUUGCCGCCGCUGGUCUCAAUGUUGAAAGUCCCAAAGUGGAACUGUAAAUACUAAACAUAUAACACACACACGAAUGCACACACACACACACACACACACACACACACAUGGCUUAUAAGAAGAGUUGGGUCCAGCCAGUAGUUGGGCCCAGUGCCUGAAGAGCCAAGAAGGGGUACAAGAAUAUCUGGCUUCUCCCUAAAAAAAACAAAAAAAAUCUUAGCCAUCUUGAAUUUUGAGAGAACUCCCCCCAUCCUAGGGCAGAAGAGUCUUGUUCCCUUGUUCUAGUUUGCUAAAUUUCUCUUGAGGCUUUGCUCACACACACACACACAUGUAUAUGCACACACACACACACACACACACACAAAUAUUUAGUAUUUCAUUUUUACAAGGAAAACGCUGACAGUUGCCUUGAAAUAUUGGAUUAGUAUUCAUCCGGAUUGAUGACAGUUACUAACCUCCAACUUUAAUGCCGCUGUCACCAUUUCCUUGUAAAAGCCAAAACAUAAAAUAAAAUAUGGUUCUCUACUGAAAGGAAGAGAUGGGUUCUUCAAAAUAAUGUUUGACUAUUUUUAUAUAGAGUUACACAAACAUUGAUAUUUUAUAAGCCACACAAGUAUACCCAUUCUAAAACAUACUUACACACACACACACACACACACACACACCUAUACAUAAACACACAAAUUACAGCCGCUUGGAAAACUAAUUUUGUUAUGAAAAUGUUACUAUGACAACAAUCAUUUAUAAUAAGAUUAUAGUUAAAACUACAGAGAUAAAAGAAAAAAAUUCCUGAACCCCCGAAAGAGUUUUGCCCUCAUCCCUAUCCCAAACGACCUGUACAAAAGCCACCAUAAAUAAUAAUCAGUUAUUUCUAUUCUAAAAUAUUAAAUUUCUUUGUAUCAAAGUCAUUGAUAUUUUUAUACCAAAGUAAACUCAUCACAGUUCAGGUGAGAAAAAUGAAAAAAAAUUCAUUUUCAGCGGCGUUUUUUUUUUUUCUUUUUUUUUGCUUUUUUUAAAAAAUCCCACAGACUUUUGGACUUUCAAAACAUAUUCUGAUCCCCACCGCCACGACCUCUCCACUGAAAAAAAUGUUUUUUAAGAAAAAUUGCUUUUCUUUUGCAGUCCAGACUUUUUUUCUUUUGGAAUGUUCUGCCAUCAAAUCAUGUCAUUUUCCUGUUUUUUUUUUUUUUUUUUUUUUUUUUUUUUUUAUAUGUUAAAAAAAAAAAAAAGAUUUUAUUUGCUUAAAAAAAAGAAAUCUUAUGUUAAUAUUGCUUGAUGCUUCUUUCGAUAAACUGAUGAGAAAAAUCAAGGAUUUUUUUUUUUUUAACUAUGUCCUUAGUUCCAGUGGCUAAGAUCUAUAAUUGGUCAUUUUCAGCAGUUGUCUGUUUACUUAAUUUCCUUCUCUCUCUCUAAAUCAAUAAACAUUUUGUAUUUUUAUUGUUUAAAUUAUAUUUCAACAAAUCAUCUUUAGUGUUGCAUUCUUUUCUACCAAUCAAUCACAUUAAUUUCGUUAUGUCUCACUAACCCUCAACUCUAAUAUCAAGAAAUUUAUUGCAAAAGCAUUGCUUGAAAAUGUCAUUUUUCAUUUAAUCACUUUUGAUUGUGUUUACCUUUGUGGUCAAGUCAUGUGAUCUUUAACAUACUUAUCCUUUCUGCUAGAUCUUUCCUGUUGACCAUAGGACAAAAGUGGAAGAGCCUUACUCUACUCCCUGUUACAAAAAAAUGACCUGCACUGCUAUAGCGUUUCACUAGUGUCUUGUACUGCUGGCCAUACUUCAAUACCAGUAAGAAACCAAUAAGAUCUUGAUUUACUGAGCUUUAGAUACAGAAAUUGUGCUAUGAGUUGAAGAUUUGUGUUUCAAUGACACAUUUUUCACAAUUCUAUUGAAAAGAAGCACCUCUCUAGCUCCCUUUCUGUUGUGAUUCUGAUUGAGAUUGUGACUAAAGUAUAAAGCUGUAUGUAACCAUUUCUUGACCUAGUUGGAGAGAUCUUAAUCAAGUAACCGCUGUUGUGAUGACACAGCUUCUAAUAGCUUGGCUUUGAUAGUAAUAAACUCUCAAAUGCAUGGUUAACAGCAUUGGUUGAUGUCAGCAUGGAUCAGCAAAAAGUUUGUUUGCUGAAAUUAUAAACAAAACCAUUGACUUUUGUUAGAUUUAUUGAUCUGGGUACUUCUGGCUGAUGAGAUACAUGUUGGAAUUGUGUCCUAGAAUUCUUUGUUCUAAUGAAUCGAGUGUGUUAUGAACACAUUGCCAUUGCAGAGAAGGAGCUGUUCUCCUGUGACAAACACAACAGGGAUUAACAUAUUUGCAUUCAAAUCUGCCAGAAUAUAUUAAGAAUAAAUGUGAAAUACCAUUUGAUCAUUUUUAUCUUCUAAUUUAACUACAAUACUUAACAGUAGUAAUUAGUAUAGAUAAUUAAUAAAUAACUAUUAAUGCUAUAAAAUAGUAAAAUAUCACAACAAAUACAUCAUCAAUUCUGAUUCUUAUUCAACUAACAAAUCAUCAAAACAUUUUUAACCUUCCGGAAAUUCUUCAGCCAUAAACUAUUUCUUGCCAAAUAUUAUUUAUCAUCCAUAAACAGUCAACUUUUUUUCUUUUAAGAUAUUCUUUCAUUGAUUCUUUUCAUAUUUCUACUGAAUUCUACUUC